AUGUUUGGCGGUGUACUUCGUUAUAUCAAGUGUUGCAGCUCACGAUGGCGAGAUGUUGGGCUCCAGAAUGCGCCAACGCUGUUUGACAAAAAGAAAUAUAGUUUCUUCAGGUUUAAACUGAGCCGGGGAGGUGUAAAAGUGGCUCGGGUUACAUGUGACUUCAAGUAUAGAGUCCAAUCUGCUGGAGAAGAAGAGAUUUGCAUUGCAUGAUAAUGUCCUUCAGCGAGUCAUUUUUUAGG